AGUGGAUGUUAGUGGAGAGCGAGUGGCGGCCCGGCUCGCGCCCUGCUGCAUAAGGAACAUUCGAGUGAAUGCACGCCGCUCUAUAAAUACGAGCUGCACUCGCGCGCCUCUACUAUUUACUCUAAACCCAUUGUUGAAGUCUGCACUAUGCUAAGGGUAGCGUUGGUUCUGUGUGUCCCGGCUGUGUUCGGUAUCAUAGUGAGAGACCCCCCGCCUUCGCCGAACGACUACAAGUAUUCCUACAAUGUUCAGGACCCGACUACUGGGGACAGUAAGAGUCAGCACGAGGUGAGGCAGGGUGAUGUCGUCACUGGAGCUUACACAGUGCUGGGGCCUGACGGGACCAAGAGGACGGUGGAGUACACGGCGGACGCGAAGCACGGGUACAAGGCAGUGCUGCGGGAGGACCGACCCGCGCCCAUACUGCCGCAGCCGCCUAUUCCGUACCACCACUACUACCCUGUAAACCCUGUUCAGCAUCAUACACCUAGUCCCCGAACAUACACAGUUCGCGCGCAAGUGUUACACAGUGCUCCUCCGAAUGACUACGCAGAGGAACAAGAACAGCCCACGUUAUACUUCACCCGCUCCAACGAAGUUGAGCCCAGACUGGACUUUGAUGGACACUACUUUCUACCGGCUACGACAAGCAAGUAUUAGAUUAGACUGAUAAAUUAUGUAAUUCUUAUCCUGAACUUGUGAUAUUAGGUAAGAUAAUUGUUUAAAAUGGGGUCUGUAAAAUAUGCUGUGAAUAAGGUACCUAAUUAGAGAUAUAGAUUAGAUUGAUGUACAUUAAGUGUAAACUUGUACCAAGUGAUUGUUUUGUGCAACUGUUCGGUCCGAAAGGUAAAUAAAAAACAUGAGCGGCCGCUUGAGAUUAAUAGAAAUAAAAGGUAAAGCAAGGCUGAAUGCGUACUUAGACCGAUAUUUUUUUUCUUAAACCGGCGGCGGUGUAGCGUGAA